AUGGUCGCCAUAGGCAGUCUACUAUUCUGCGAUGCUUGCGGCUCGCUGUUACCACGCAUCGUUGCCUCGUCCAAUAAGGAGGAUCUGAUCAAGUGUGAGGAUUGCUUCCAAUAUACCAAAGACACCUCGUCCAAGGUUAUCACAUCUCAAUCUAAGCCCAGUGCUUUCCCAUCGGCACUGAGAUCCAAGCAUUCAGAGGUCCAGAGUGUGGAUGCUGAAAGUCUACAAGUUGAGGCCGUUAUUGCCAAAGACUGCCCCGACUGUGGACGUAGCGAAAUGUUCUACCACACGAAACAACUCCGCAGUGCUGAUGAGGGAACUACUGUCUUUUACCGCUGUGAAUGUGGUUACAAGGAGACACAAAACAACUGA